CGGAAGUAUCCGGAAGUAUCCGAAAGUGCGUGUCCUUUGUCCCCAUAAAGUCAGUGUUGUUUUGACGUGCGAGUUCUGCGCAGCCAAGGUCUUAUUCACAACUAAACUGUGUUCGUCGAGCCUCUACAACCUUUAACGCUAACAGGAGACCUCGUUUUUGACCUCAGUACAACGAGAGCGAGCGUAAAUAUGGCUGGAGGAAAGCAGAGGAUGAGACUUGCCAGCAAGAAGCACAGUAAGAACGUGAACGCCAGAGGGAACGUACCGAAAUCCCUUGCAAAAGACGAAGAGGACAAAAGUCCAAUCGGGCCAUACUUGCUAGCCUUCUUCGUGUUCGUUGUGUGUGGUUCGGCCAUCUUCCAGAUUAUUCAGAGCAUCAGGUUUACUUGACUGGCAAGAUUCGGACCGGAAAACUGGAGCAGCCCCCAUAUCUCAUCACCCACACACAACAAACUGGCCUUGUUACUUGCAUGCACACACCAACAACGUCAUUGUCAUACACAUUUCAAAAAUACUGAAUUUUGAAUCAUGAGACGACAUUGUCAGUCGGCUAGAGUUCUAAAUGGAGCACACUAUUCCUUCUUUUCUUUGUCACGAUAGUGGAGGAACACGAACGUGAAGAAGCAGAGGCCAAUCAUCAUGGAGAAGGCACUCAUGUAGUACGGAUACGCGGAGGGUAUGAAUCGUUCGUACUGCGUAUGUUGAAACGGCCGCACCGAAACCUGUGUCGUGCUGAACAGGUGGGUGUAACCGAUUCGAUUGUAGUCCACUUUGAAUUGGAACACUCCGUACACGUCUGGUAGCAUGAAAUCUGCAUAGUACGCUUUCUUGUUCGCCGUCUUGUUCAGGUACGUGCGGACAAACGGGUCGAUCCGGAAAAACUCCAUUUGCACGUCGGUCAACAUGAACGGUUUCCACUGCCCUCGCACCAGCUCCUCUAUCACAAUCUCAUAGUGAACGUUGUCCUUGAUGGUGUAGGCACUCGGAGGCUCCUUCUCGCCGAUCUUGUGAUGCUUUACGGAAGACACGCGAAUCACUCCCUUCUCCUUGAAGACCCACUGCGAAAUGGCCUUAGCGAGCUCUUGAUUGCAGCUCUGUUUGAACUCAGAGCCUGAACGAACAGACUUCAGCACAGGUGACGCGAAGAGUUUGUUGCUGAAAAAGUCAAUCGACCCCGAAAAAAUGACGCGAGCAUUGUUUCUAGCCUGGAGCCCAGCGAUCAGCAGCGUGCCCUUUCCGACUGCAUGAGGAUACUCCUUGAUUGGAUCCCCAGGAAAAUAAGAGUAGGAAGUGGUUGUCCCUGUCAUUAUCUCCAGAAUGAGGGGGUUAUCUGGAUCGGCAGUCAUCCCCACACCCUGAAAAAGAGCCGGUGUUUUUGUCUUUUUUCCAACAAUAGUCUCGGCAUCGAUAACAGAGCCAGGAUCGACCACUAGGAGUGUAUGAUCACCGCGAUCCUUGACGUCAUAGUUCAAAUGGUCAAUCACAGCGGUGCCCCUCUCGUCUAGCUCGAUCCCAACUUCCAUCCCGAGGUCCCUCAAAAUGUCUCCGAUUUCAGUGCUCACUGCUACCAAAACGUUCCCAGCUCCAUUGUCUAUGAAAUCGGUGAUGGCUUGCACGUCAACCGUCCCGCCAAACUCCUCUACGGAGGGCGCGAAUAUAAUGAGGUGGUCAUAGAGAUACUCGCCGAACUUCGAGAGCGCCAGGUUCGGGUCAUCCGCCAGCUUGAAGGUGAGCUGGCAGCCGCGAGAUUUUAGGUCCUCGAAGAAGAUCGAGUGUGUGUCUUUCAUGUAGAGGUUCUCCAGGAGGACAAGCGUUUUCUUGGGAAGCGUGGACUUGCACUGAGAGACCGAGAGCAGCGCCAAGAGGAGAAACACACUGCGCGAGAACGACUCCAUCUUGUCUCUCUCGCUCACCACGUGUUAAACACGCAUGCGCGGUUUGAGUUGUUAUGGGUCAAAGGUCAACUAUCACGUGCAUGGUCACGAAGGUAAGGCCAGGUAAUUAACGUGACUCUGAGUUUUGCGUUUUCUUCUGCUGGCUGUAUUACAGCGUUCUCUGACCAUGUCCGGUCUGGACACGAUUCCUGGCCAGACGGGCUUCCUGGUGGUAGGAGCGGACGGUGCAGUGGUUCAGUCGGCAGGUGAGCUCCAGAACGAUGAACACACGGCGGCAAUAAUGCUCCAGAUUGUCAAGAGCUCCAGCAAGCUGCUGGGGACCAUAUCAGGAGAGGGGAAGGGAGCAUUUCAUCGGGUCUCAGUUACGUACAGGCAUCACUCACUGGUAGCAAGUGUUUGGAACCAGAAGAUCUACAUUGUCAAGAGAAUUAACCGUGAAUAGACCAACUUGUGUUGUGUGCAUGUGUGUGUUAACCAAGAACAAAACUUCAUAUUAAAAGCAAUGAUGCUAUAUAAUUAUGUAUAUACAUUGCACAUCCCAAUAUACUAAGUACUACUGUACUUGGUGAUACUAUUGUGAGCGUGGAAACUCAAACCUAAUCUCGGAAUCGCUAGCUUUCUUUCUUGGCCGGCUUGGGAGGCAGUGCAGGGUAGCAGGCAAACUGUGCCAGGAUGAUAGUGUUCAUGAGGAAAGAGGAGGUGAACGUGGCAAGGAUGAUAGGGUCCUGCGUUUCCUGGAGCGUCGUGAAAAUUCGGGCCCCCGUGCCCAGCCAGUUCAUCGUGCACGUGAUGAGGGACAGCUGCCCCGUGGCUCCGUUUUUGAACGUCGUAACAAUCUGCGACAACCUACUGAGUAGCAUCAUGGGGAUGACUGAGGUCUGCAGCAUGCUCAGAGCAUUAGGGGUUGCAAGACCCGACACGAGGUACAGGAUGACGCCGGCAAAGCAAGGCAGGAACACCAGGAGAUAGACGGUCUGCUUGUCGUAGACAAACAUCAGAGCAAGAAGAACCACCACUUGGAUCGCUAUGAAAAAGCUCUCUCCCCAUGAACUGCAACGGGAAACAUAGAACACCGCAUGUGUACAG